AUGGCCUCUACAGGCACGAAGGCGCGGAGGGCCGUGGGCUCGUCUGCUUGGAUUGCCACCGAGAGGGAGAAUAUAGAUCUUCUGGUCUCCCUGGAAAUGGAGGAAAUCGAGUAUCCCGCCCAGCAUGAGAUGGAUUGGUUGAACGAGCACAUGGCCGAGAUCUUCAAUAGGAGCCAACUCAACGUCACGGAGAUUUUUAAGACCCCAGGAAAGUUACGAGGGAAGACUCCACGAACUGUAAGGAAGCAUCAGACCCCACGAGAAGGCCGGGUUCCCUUGAGCGAUAUAUUUGCGGCAGGACAGAAUGUGCGGAACAGUUCUGGGCCCCCCAGCAGAUUUAAUCAGGAAAUCGCGAAAUUAUCUCGCAAACCAUCUCCCAAUGAACAUCCAAAGUACUCAUCGCCAGUGCAAAUUCAAAAUCCAAUCCUUAAUUCCAUCGCAGACUCGGGAUAUCACUCCGGGUAUCAUGACAUGGCUCACGAGGAUGAAAUCGCAGAUGAUGAUGAAAUGGAUUUGGUCUAUUCACAACCACAGAAAGAACCCGGGAGUACUACUGAACAAGAACCGAAGGGAGAAGAAACAAAGCCGGAAGCAGCGUUAGAACCAGAGAGAUCACCGGAACCAGAGCGGGAUCCGGAGUUCGAACUAGAAACCGCUGCUCAGCCUCUGGAAGACUCAACCAUUGUAGUCCCUCGCGACCGCAAUGAUAUCAGUCCAUCCGUUGACCGGCGUACAACCGAUGCUUCUUUUCACUCAGCUAGAGAAGUUGUGCCAAGUAAAGAGAGCAGCACAGUGGAACCAUUGGAGACUGAUGAUUGUAAAUCUCCACCAAUUUCUGUUUCUAAGCAACCUCUCAGCGCGUCUCCGCAGCCAUCCCAGGAGUCAGUCCAACUACCAGCAAUAUUUGAUUUCGCACCACCUGAAACAGCCAACACAAUUGAGCCAGAUUCUGACGUACACGAUGCCGCCCUUGAUCAUAACUUUGAUGAUAUUGGAUCGCCUUCUGAUGGCUCAACUCCAGACCGCCCUCCUGUUCGUAAAAGUAGCUUGAGCUUCGCGUCCCUACCGGCUCGGGAGCCACUGACAACAAAACGAAGCAUAGGAGGAGCUAGAAUGUCUAGAAUCAGCCAUAUUGAUCCCUCCAAAUCAAUUCCAGGAGGUUAUUUUGGACGCCAAACUGGCGGUGCAAGAAUUACCCAAAUUUCACCGGAGGAACAAGACAAACGAGGGAAUACUGGGGACAACACGACGCCUGAGGAAGAACGUGCUCCUGCUUUUCUGCCUGAUGAAUCCGAUCUCGGUACAAAGGCUACAAAUCUUCAUCAUAAGUCAUCCACGCAGCUCCUGCACGAGAAGAUCAACAUGCUCGGCAAGUCACAGCCCUCAAGGAAUACCAAAUCGAUUCCAGCCCCUGCUCCCAUUGCUCCUUCUCAAGUGUCAUAUCCCGAGUUAUUGUCACAGGUUGAUCCUGUUGCCGAUAAACCAAGAAAGCCAUCACCCGUAGAGCCUCAAGUAUGCGAUAACCGAACAGCACCACCAAGAUCACCGCAGCAUUUUCAGCAGCCACAGUCCGCAGGAGAGCCAAUAGCGGAAUCUCCACAGCAACUUCCCCGUGUCCAAACUCAAGAGGAGAGGAUAUCCAGGAUUAUGUAUAGUAAAUCGCCGGAGAGACGUUCUCCUGGCUUGAAGCCUGUUGGCAUCUCUGGCAUUUACCACACAAAAUCGGCUUCAACUUCGGUAAUUACUUCUCCAAGGGCCAACACUAUCGGCCUUCAGAGAGCCACAUCCAACCGGGCAUCUCUUACGCCUGUCUCCUCUCCAAGAAGGGAUGAUGGUCCUCUAAGUGCCUCCAAAUCUAAACUACAAUCCAUCAUGAAAACCGCAAAAAGUUUAUUUACAAGCAGCGCCGGUGUUUCUGCAGCUGCAAAAAUGGAAACAUUCUCUCCUACCCCAAUCCGUACACAAGCUAACCUCUACCCAAAUCUUCAAGAGAAUUUCACACAAGCCCCACAGCCUGCUGCUAUCCAAAGCCCUAUAUUCCAGGAAGGUCGACGGACGCGAAGUUCUACAGAGAGGGAGGAGAAGCGAAAGGAGAAAGAGCGCCAGGAUAUGGAGCGCAUUGAGGAACAAUUGCAAAAAGCUAGGGAGCAGGAGAGGCAACAAAAGACAACCAUGAUCAAGGAUGUGUCGCAACACCAAGCACUUCCAAAAUCUGAAGAGACUGUGGCAACCCCAGCGACCCAUGCGAUGAAAUCUAGUCCCAGAAGACCUCCAACGCAGCAGUCUUUACGUGAAGCCGAACAAACCCAGGAAGAGGAGCAUAAAUUUGCUGUUCCUGCGAAGCCCCAGCAUCAUCCUAAACAGAAUGAAAGCCGGCGGCCAUUGAGGCCUACUAGAGAAGCCCAGAAACCAAAACCGCAGCCUGUGUCUAUUCGUGUUGGAACUCUUUCUCAGCGCAUUCCAUUGACCAAUUCCUCUCUCUCGUCCAUUGCCCCAGAUGCAACUCCGGGCCCGCCUCCAGCCCCAAAGGCACUCUUGUCGGCUGUUAAUAAAAAAGGAAGCCAACCGUCAAUUCAUGCGAAUUCGUCUACCAGUAGCUUCAAGAGUUCCACUUCUAUGAUAAACUCGAAAUCGAAAGCUGCCCAGGCUUCCGAGAAAAAAGAGGCAAAACAGCGUCGGGAAGCCGAACGCAUGCGGGUAGCCCAACAACAGGAAGAAGCGCGUCGACAAGAACAGACUGGUUGGGCUGAGGCUGACCGACGGGAACGGGAGCGAUCGGUACCAGAAGAUCCGAAAAAACUUGCCCACAAACAAGCAAUCGAAAAGCGGCGACUAGAGAAUGCAAGGAAAUUGGAGCAGCAGCGCAACCAGCAGCCAACACCUGCCAAUGAUCUGGGCUCCACCAUUCAUCAAGAAAAAUCCGGAUUGCAUGGGAACCAGCGGAAAGAUAUAUCAUCCUUAAAAGGUCCAAGACUAAAUAGUGUGCAAGGGCAAGCUCGACCAAUGAACUACCCACAUCCCAAUCCCGCCAAGCCUCCGAAGAGAGUAUUAGAAGAUGAAAGUUCAGGGCGUCCAGUUACCGGGAAAGUCGGAGCAGCUGUGCACCAGGCGGAUGGCAAACGACGGAAGACAGAUGAUGAGAGUGUAAUUGCUGAACCGCCAGUUCGACCGGCAAUGGCACCUCCGAUCCGCCAAUCUAAUGUCCGCAAGGAGGUUUCAAAGCUUCAGAUGUACAACCAGGGCGGCCAAGCCAUUUUCAAGAACCCUCCAGCUUCCCGCGCCCCCCAGGGUGCUGUGCCAAUACAGCAACAGCCGCAUAGAAACGGUCACCCGUUGGAAAUGUCUAAGUUUGCCAGCGGCAAAAUCCCGUUUGCCGAUAACUCAAACCCACCACACGCCAUGUCCCACAAGACACCCGGGCAGGGCUCCCAGAAACCCCAGAUAUCCCUCAAAUCUUCCCCUGCCUAUCCCAACGGCGACAGCAUAAAACUUCCUGAAAUACUUACAGACAGCGAAGACGAGGACUCGGAUGCGGAACCCUACAAUGUUCCCGACUGGGCUAAACCCGAAAACCUAACUAACAUCCUCAUUAGCCAGGAAGGGCAGGAUGGAGCCCAAGUGUUUGGGCCAUCUGCGCCGCUGCAUAUGGAGGAGAUCUUCAAGGAUAACAAGGACCGUUUGAAACGGUUCCGCGAUCGGACUAGUAGUGCUAACUGGGGUGGUCCGGACGGUUUGACGCAGGCUGAAAUUAAGUGGGAUAUCGAGCAGAGGGAACGGCUGAAGAAGAAUGGUGGAUGGACGUUCGCGCCAUAG